UUUCGACCCGCACAAUUUCAGCAUGGUGUAAUUAUAAUAAGUGUUCUGUACAGCGGUCUUUGAAUUACAUCUAUGGAUCAGACAGACUGGAGAUGGAGAUACCUACUGCUGGCGUGUGACUGCCUCAUUGCCUUUGGGUGUUUUUAUUGUGUUGAUAUUCCAAGUGCUCUACAGACAGAACUUCAGAGCUCACAUACAAACUGUACUGAUGUGCCAAAAAACGAAACUUGUUGUGAGGAAUGCCUCGGGAUCGGGCCAGACCACUACAAUCAACUCUACGCCGUCUUCUCAUGGACAAACGCCGUGAUUGUGUUGCCUAUCGGGGUUCUGCUGGAUCGCAUUGGAAACAGAAUAACAUCGAUAGUAUCCACGUUGAUGGCUGCUUUUGGGGCAGCUUUAUUUGCUUUGUCGGUGACGUCAUGGUUCCGAAUGACGGCAGCCAUGUUCCCAAUGAUGAUCGUAAGUCGAGGGAUUCUGGGAGCAGCAAACGGAGGAUGUCAACUUGUACAGGAUCGAGUCAUAGCGUACUGGUUCCCUGAUAAACUUGGUCUGGCCUUCGGAGCCAUUGUUAGCGUCAUCAGAUGUGGUAACGUUUUAAACUUUUUCAUCACGUCGAACAUUGCCAAGGAUCAUGGAGUUCCAUUUGCUCUCUGGACAGGUGUGAUGAUGUGUGGUGUCGGGUUUCUGGCUGCAGUGGGGUACUGCAUUUUAGACACAAUUGGUUGUCGUAAAAUGGACAAGAAUCACGUGUUCAAUGUUAAAUCUCCACCGUUGAAAUGUAGCGAUAUAAGAAAAUUCCCCCUGUCUUACUGGCUGGUGGCUGUGAUGAUCUCCACUUACUACAGCUGUUUUAUUCCUUACGUGGCUAACGGGAGUAAAUUCAUACAAGACAAGUACGGUUAUUCCCGCGUGAAGUCAUCGUACAUAAAUGGGGCUGUAUAUGACGUAUCCAUUGUCGUCUGCCUGUCCACGGGUCUAUUUCUAGACAGAUUUGGAGGAAGAGCAAUCUCAGCGACUGUUGGUGGCGCCCUCUGUGUUCCUGUUAUCAUCUCCCUUUCCUUUUUUGAGCUACCUCCUCUGCUACUAACUAUUUGUUUUGGAGCCUUUUACUCGGUCACAGUUGUAAGUCUUUGGCCUUCUAUUGCUAAAGUUGUCCCGCUUGCAACUGUUGGAACUGCAAAUGGAAUAGCGGCAUUUCUUCAAGGAUUAAACGUUGGUCUUACUAACCUUGGGAUGGGCAAAAUCCUCGGAGCUGUUGAAGAGUCGGAUAUGAACAACAGACUUACCAAGUGGAAGAUAGCCCUGACAGUGUUAUUAUGUCAGGCCUCCAUUUGUACCAUACUCGGUAUAUGGCUUAACGUCAGCGAAAAAAUGAAGAAAGGAUCCUUGAAUGGACGAUACAAGAAGCUGGUGACUAUUACAACUACUAAUGAGAAAUCGCCACUGAUAGAGAGCAAAGAAGACUUCUACGAGUCUAUCGACUCCGGUUACUCUAUUCAAACUUAGUGAAAUAAUAGUAUCAUUGAAAAGUAUGCGGGUCAUAUUUUUAUUGAACAAUACUCAUGUUUAUCAAUGGAUUGUCUGUGAUAAUGAUGAACUCUUUCAAGGUAUAUUAUAUCUAAACUAAAAGUAUUAACCUUCAAUUAGAUGGAAAAACAUGUAUAUUUAUUUUUAAAAAGCAGCACAUGUGCUAUGUACCUAAAACUGUGUGGUCCGUAUUGUUCUCUGAAAAACCUAUCGAUAAUAUUUUUGCAAAAAGCAAUUGAUAUAAUAAUGCGGUGCUGACUAAAACCCGGUCUCGGUCCCAGUCUUCGGUCUCGGUACCGCGACUCAAUUCAAUUCAAGUUUCGGCCAUGGCCCCAGAUUUUUAUAUUUGAUAAAAACAUAAUACAUCAGAAUAUUUGAGCCCCAUUCCUCGUUAAUUUAGAUACGACAACUCAUGCCUGCAUUUUGAUAGUUGAUUGGUCAUAUUAUUUUCUUCUUUUCGUUAAAUGGAUGUGAAAACUCCGGGACCGGUGGAACCGACAAAUAAAAACAACGCUAAAAGCCGGUCACGGUCUCUACAUGUUCCCUCAAUAGCCGCUUUAGGGAGGUAUGCUACACCCGAGACAUUUGAUAUGGAUGAAAAGUGGAGAAUAUGAACAAUAAUAAUUUGAAAUUGAAAACUUUCAAAUAUUCUUUAUUUAGUCAAAAAAUACAGUUUUAGUUGAAAGUAAUCUGAGAAAAGUUAAAAACCCCUGCGGGACUCGAACACGUGAUCUACAGUUCAUGCGUUGACGUUCUAACCUACUGAGUUACUCAGCUAGGCGAUAAUUUUUUUAAUGAAUAGACAAAUAUUGCUGAUAUUCAUAUUUUCAUCCAUAUUUUAAAAGGAAGUCAGCCAUUAUGACGAUGUAGAGUACCUCCUUAAUCUUCCUUUUCAUAAAAAAGAUAAGGACGUGGUACUCGAUGACAUCCCUUGCUUUGUAUGUAUAUAUUUCUGAUUUAUUGUGUGUGGGUUUUUUUUAUUCCAAUUUUUAUAUUUAUGUCAGAAUCGAAUUCAACUACGUGACAUUUUCUCCCAAAUGAACGGCCGCCGUUCAUUACCUUUGCAUAAGAUAAGGAUGUAGAAGAUAAAUAAUAUAUAUAGCUUAUUUGUUCAUUUAUUUUAUUUCUUGUAUUCAGGUAAAAAAGUCUUGAAAGAUUUGUAUCCUCUAUUCCGAACCCGAUCUCUUUAUAUGAGUAUACUUUUUACAUAUACACAUACAUGUAUACCGAGACCGGGUUUUAGUCGAUACCUAAUAAUGCAUAGUUAAAAUACACACAUAUUAAUGAAGAAAUCGUGUCUUUCUUUCACAAACAAGCUACAUUAUGUAGCAACACAAUUAAUUAAAAUUCAACGUUACAAUCACACAUUAAAUAUGAAGUCGUUUACGAUUCUAAAUAACGGGGGUGUGUACGUUUGUGACUGAAGGCGUCACGUGCUUUUGUGUACUAUACUAGUCUUUGCUUUUCAGUCGCGGUUGCGUUUGAUUGAUGGAUUGUAUAUUGUUGAACGUUAUAAGUUUUAAACCCACACAGAUUUAAAUACAAAACAUAUUGAUAGGAAAUAUAUGUAAAUGUUGAAGUUAUUUGUAUUGAGAAAGACGCUUGUAGCGAAGUGUUGGGGACGAGCAGUUCUUAUUCGUUAUAAACGUAAUUCGUUAUAUCCAAUAAAUUCACAUUGUUUUAAAACUACAAGGAAUAAAAUUCACUUCGCUUUAAGCUUAGGUCACUGUAGCUGUGUUUUACUGUGUAAAACGAUGAAAACCAGACUAAGCCAGCAUCUACGUUAUGUCAAUUUCCCCAAAUUUCCAUUGUUUAACAUGUAUAUUCCAUUGAAAUACAAAUAAGCUGGACAAUUUCUUAAUUGAUUGACACAUGUUUGACAUAUUUAUUUCAACAAAGCUAGGGAAUGAGAGAUAUCCUAUGUAUAUUUCUACAAGAAAUUUGUUUUCACUACAUUAGUGAAUUUUGUAAUAUCACAAAUUAUAUUUUUUGAAAGUUGUACCGUAUAACAUAUUUGUAUGGUUUGAUAUAGUGUAUAUUUCUGUCAUAAUGAUAGUUACAAUAAAAGUAUCCAUACGUUG